CGCGUGGGGCGCGCAGCCAUGUCCUCAUACACUGACUCUCGCAGGAGCGUGAGGUACACGAUUGACACUAUACAGCUAUUAAUCUCAUUCCCUCUCCUACUAUCCUCCACUCGUCUUCUAUUAUCUCGUGUAGAUAUAUCCAUCCUCCUACCUCCUCCCUCCUAUAUAUUCUUCGUCCGUCCAGCGCUGCUGGCGGGUCUUUCAGUAAGAAGGAAAACGAGCCCAACCCAGAAGAUCAGUACUUCCAAACCUGGUCUGUCGCUCUCUACGUGUAGUACACAACACUAUAUAAACAAGUGUGGAAAGUUUUGUCGUGGCCUAAAAUCUUGCAAUUGUGUGUUUGUCACAUUUGCCAUUGGGAAUUAUUUUUAAGAAAUUUGCGUUAAUCUGUUGUAAAUUUCACUGUUCUUCUUGACUGCCAAUUUGCUGAUCUG